GGAUACACCCUGGACAGGUCGCCAGCCCAUCGCAGUAAAUAUCUCCAUUGAAAUAAAUAUCAUUAGCCAACAGAGACUUGUAGCAAAGAUCAGCAUGAUAGACUUUGUGGAUAAAUAAAUAAUGGAACACUAAGUAUUUAGUUAUGGCAGUGGCAUGCCCAAUACUUGUCAUGGUGAUCUUUUCUGCCCUAUUUAAAACAAACAAGAAAUGAUCCACAAUUGGUAGGUUUCAUUGAGUUUCAUUCAAAAAUUUCCUGGCCAUCAGAAAAAGUUACCCAUUCGGUGCUCACCAAGCAGGGACCUGGGACCUUUUAACUUGAUGAUUCAGAUCUUUCAAUUUUCAUCCUAUAAUAUCCUAAGAGCUGAUCAGUGAUGUAAAACAAAUGAACCAUCAAAUGCAAGAUUGAAAUACCAUUGGCUAUGAAUUGGUAUCAAUUGAUUUUCAUAUGUUUGGACUUUUGACUACUUUUGAGUUUGAUUUUCAUGGAUGAAAAUCACAUCACAAAUUUUGAAAACUAACAUGUAUAUUAAUGCCAUCUUUCGUACCAAUUCAGAAACUGACAGUGGCACUGCGUAAGCCUGCUGUAUUUUAGUUUUCAGUCUGUUCUAGUUGUAUGGCUAAAAUCAAGCUAGCCAUUCGAAACUACACUGUCAUGGUUGCAGCCCAUCAAGCAUGCAUCAGGAUGGCAGCAGAGAUCUUGCUUGUAGCAGAGAACAAAGCUUAUAUGACAAACAGCACACUAAGAAAUGCAGAGGUUAUAGACACUAUAUGGUGGACAAAAGCUGAAGGGCUUUGAAUGACAGUGAGAGUGUUACAGCCACUGUAUUCAUGAGUAAAGCAGCAGGCAGUAGCAAAUUGAGGAAAUACUGAGGAAAUACCUGCAGAAUUGUUCAUUAUACAGCUCUUAUAAGAGGUGGUGGGACUCCCAGUGUUGGUUAAAUUUUUUAAGAUAAAAGGUUUUCAGAGGACAGAAAAACACUUCAGACUUUGUGCAAAGGUCCCUUUACAUUAAAUUUGCACACCUUUUUUUUCAUCUGAAAAAUAGUUGUGAGUACAUCUUAACAGUCCAUCCCUGUCCUCAAACUAUAUUGGCUAUCAACCGGUCAUGAAGAAAGGCGAUCGGUAUCAGCCCCAAAACCACAGAUUUGUAGAGUUAUGUUGUAUUUUGCUUUGAGUUCUGAAUAUUGCUUUAUUUCUUUUUUUCCUCUUCUAGAAAGACUGCUGGAAGUCUUCUCCGGUUCCUACAUCCACCCAUAUAGUUUAAAUUUUAUUUUCAGACAACAACGUGAAGAUGUCACACACAGUAUAAUUCAGAGAUUAAAGCUGAGUUAAUAGAAUCCAAAGGAAACUCCAGUUCCCAGCACACAUCCUCUGGUACUCUCCACAUGCAGACAAAUAUGGGCAAGGAGAAAAAACACUUCUGCUCAGAGUGUGGCAAGAGUUUUGCAGGACAAAGUAAUCUUAGAAAACAUGAGCGCAUUCACACAGGAGAGAAACCCUAUCACUGCUCUGAGUGCGGGAGGAGAUUUACACAUCCGAGUAAUCUCAAAGCCCAUCAGCGCAUUCACACUGGAGAAAAACCAUAUCACUGCACAGAAUGUGGGAAAAGUUUCAAUCAACAGCGUAAUCUCCUUCUACACCAGCGGAUUCACACAGGAAAGAAGCCUUAUCAGUGCUCAGAAUGUGGGAAGAGUUUUACUCAUCAGAGUAAUCUCAAAGUACACCAGCGUAUUCACACAGGAGAGAAACCGUAUUGCUGCUCAGAGUGUGGGAAGAGCUUCAAUCAAAGGGUUAGUCUCCAGCUACACCAGAACAUUCAUACAGGAGAGAAACUAUAUCACUGCACAGAAUGCGGGAAAAGUUUCAAUCAACAGCAUAAUCUCUUUCUACACCUGUGCAUUCACACAGGAAAGAAGCCGUAUCAGUGCUCAGAGUGUGGGAAGAGUUUUACUCAACGGAGUCACCUCCAAACCCAUAAGCGCAUUCACACAGGAGAGAGACCGUAUCAAUGUUCAUGCUGUGCAAAGAGUUUUAGAGACAAAGAUACUCUCAAAAAACACGAGCGCAUUCACACAGGAGAGAAACCCUAUCACUGCUCAGAGUGCGGGAAGAGUUUUACUCAACAGACUAUUCUCCAGACGCACCAGCGCGUUCACACUGGAGAGAAACCCUAUUACUGCUCAGAGUGUGGAAAGAGCUUUAAUCGACUGUGUACUCUCAGGGAUCACCAGUACAUUCACACAGGAGAGAAACUGUAUUCCUGCUUAGAGUGUGGGAAGGGUUUCAGCGAAAAGAGUGGUUUGAUAGUACACCAGCGCAUCCAUACUGGAGAGAAGCCGUAUCACUGCCCAGAGUGUGGGAAGAGUUUUGCAGACAGAAGUCAUCUCACAAGACACCAGCGCAUUCAUACCGGAGAGAAACCGUAUGGCUGCUCAGAGUGCGGGAAAAGUUUUAGAGACAGCAGUCAUCUCCAGAAACACUGGCGCAUUCAUACUGGAGAGAAGCCGUAUCACUGCUCAGAGUGUGGAAAGAGUUUUAGAGACACAAGUCAUCUCCAGAAACACCGGCGUAUUCAUACCGGAGAGAAGCCGUAUCACUGCUCAGAAUGUGGAAGGAGUUUCAGACAUUUGAACACUUUAAAGAAACACAAGUGCAUUAAGAAGGAGGUGAAAAAUAGAAGGUUUAUAAACACAACAAUCACCAGAGACCUAAAGUGGGAUAGCAACAUCAGCUUCACCAUCAAAAAAGCCCAGCAUAGGAUGUACUUCCUGCUUCAGCUGAGGAAGUUCAACCUGUCCCAGCAACUGAUGGUGCGUUUCUACACGGCCAUCAUAGAGUCUGUCAUCACCACGUCCAUCACAGUGUGGGUCAGCUCAUCUACCAAGCAUGACCUCCACAGACUGCAGCGCAUCAUCAGGUCCCUGGUGAUUGUUGUGCCCAGGAACUUGCAGGACUCCACUGCCAUCACAAUUCUGUCCAGGAUGCAGCAGUUUAUUGUGGCUGCUCCAAAGGACCACCUGAUCAACCACCCAUCUGUAAGCAGACUCAUCACCAUCUCGGAUGAAACCAAUGUAGUGUCAUCUGUGUACUUAAGGAUUUUGACUGAGGGGUCCAUGGAGGUACAGUCGUUUGUGUACAGUGAGAAGAGCAAUGGAAUUCAGUGUAAUUCAGAGAUUAAAGCUAAGAUAAUGGAAUCCAGAAGAAGCUCCACUUCCCAGCAAACAUCCUCUGAUAGUUUGCACAUGCAGCCAAAUAUGGGCAAGGAGAAAAACCACUGUUUUUCAGAACAAAGUAAUCUUAGAAAACACGAGCGCAUUCACACAGGAGAGAAACCCUAUCACUGCUCUGAGUGUGGGAGGAGUUUUACUCAGCAGAGUAAUUUUAAAGCCCACCAGCGCAUUCACACUGGCACAGAAUGUGGGAAAAGUUUUAAUCAACAGAGUCAUCUCCAAACCCACCAGCGCAUUCAAACUGUAGAGAGACUAUAUCACUGUUUGUGCUGUGCAAAGACUUUCAGAAACAAAGAUACUCUCAAAAAACAUGAGCGCAUUCACACAGGAGAGAAACCCUAUCAAUGCUCUAAGUGUGGGAGGAGUUUUACUCAGCAGAGUAAUUUCAAAGCCCACCAGCGCAUUCACACUGGCACAGAAUGUGGGAAAAGUUUUAAUCAACAGAGUCAUCUCCAAACCCACCAGCGCAUUCACACUGGAGAGAGACGAUAUCACUGUUCGUACUGUGCAAAGAAUUGCAGAAACAAAGAUACUCUCAAAAAACAUGAGCGCAUUCACACUGGAGAGAAACCCUAUCACUGCUCUGAGUGUGGGAGGAGUUUUACUCAGCAGAGUAAUCUCAAAGCCCACCAGCGCAUUCACACUGGCGAAAAACCGUAUCACUGCACAGAAUGUGGGAAAAGUUUUAAUCAACAGCGUAAUCUCCUUCUACACCAGCUCAUUCACACAGGAAAGAAAUCGUACCAGUGCUCAGAGUGUGGAAAGAGUUUUACUCAAAGGAGUCACCUCCAAACCCACCAGCGCAUUCACACAGGAGAGAGACCGUAUCACUGUUCGUGCUGUGCAAAGAGUUUCAGAAACAAAGAUACUCUCAAAAAACAUGAGCGCAUUCACACAGGAGAGAAACCCUAUCACUGCUCAGAGUGCGGGAAGAGUUUUACUCAGCAGACUAUUCUUCAGACGCACCAGCAUGUUCACACUGGGAUGAAACCCUAUUACUGCUCAGAGUGUGGAAAGAGCUUUAAUCGACUGUGUACUCUCAGGGAACACCAGUACAAUCACACAGGAGUGAAACUGUAUUCCUGCUUGGAGUGUGGGAAGGGUUUCAACGAGAAGAGCUGUUUCAUACUACACCAGCGCAUCCAUACUGGAGAGAAGCCGUAUCACUGCACAGAGUGUGGGAAGAAUUUUAGAGACAGAAGUCAUCUCAGAAGACACAAGCGCAUCCAUACAGGAGAUAAGGCAUAUGACUGCUUAGAGUGCGGGAAAAGUUUUAGAGACACAAGUCAUCUCCAGAAACACUGGCGCAUUCAUACUCGAGAGAAGCCAUAUCACUGCUCAGAGUGUGGCAGGAACUUCAGAUAUUUGAAUACUUCAAAGACCCACAAAUGCAUUAAUAGGGAGGUGAAAACCCCUCAGAAGUCAGGAGACUUCAACCUGCCUAUGCCAGUUGCUCAGCUGCCAAUGGCUCCUCUUUCCAUGCCCUUACCCUUUUCCCAGAUCUUUUCUCCUCCAGAUCUCCAGCCUGAGUUGAGGCAAGAGGGUGUGCGUCAGGCACCCAGACCCCAGGCACCCAUGACAGCCUUGAUAGACGAUGGGAAGGUGGUGCCCAAACCCCGCACCUGGAUGACAGCCUAUCAGAAAUACACUGCUGGAAGCGAAAACACUGGACGUUUACCUUUUGCCUUCUACGAUGUGAUGGGUCUGGAAAAUAAUUCAGGAGGGGUGCACACUGAUGACAUCAUCAAGGCUUUAAAGGGCCACAUACAAAAUGGCUACAAAUUCAAACCUGACCAACCAAUAUCUGAAGAUUCUGAAUAUUACAUCAGCAAACCCAGGCUCAGCGAUAAGAUUCACUGUCUCGUGAGCGUCGUGGCAACAGACAGAAUUGUCUUAAUGGAAGACGUCAUCUCUAAAAUGAAGCUCAUUAGAAAGGAAGCUAGUGAAUUAGGAAUCCCUCAAGUGGUCUUCAUGACGAGAGUGGACGAGGCAUGCGUUCUGACAAAGAACGAUUUAAGCAGGAUCUACCGCAGCAGGAAGAUUAAGGAUAAAAUGCAUGAAUGCAGUAAUAAACUGGGCAUUCCUCUGAACUGCAUCUUCCCUGUGAAGAACUACCAUGAUGAGACUGGUCUGAAUGACAACAUAAACUGUCUGAUGCUGGAGGCCCUAACACAGAUUCGUCCUGGUGCAGGGCGACCUCUGCCUCCUGUGUGUACCUUUAUUUAUCCCCACAAACAUAUUAGGAACCAGCAAGAGGCGGGCAGCACAAUGAUGACAUCAGGAGAGAUUAAAUACGAGAAUACAGAGUCCAUAAGAAGCUCAUGUACCCUGGAAACAUCCUCUGAUAUUUCUCACGCUAACACAUCUCACAGACAAGCGCAGAAAAAUGAAAGCGGCGAGAGAGUUCACCACUGCUCAGAGUGCGGGAAGAGUUUUAAUCAGAUGAGUAAUCUCCAGCUGCACCUGCGCAUCCAUACGGGAGAGAAACCGUAUCACUGCUCAGAGUGUGGAAAGAGUUUUAAUCAGCACAGUAACCUCAAAGCACACCAGCGCAUUCACACAGGAGAGAAGCCAUACUAUUGUUCGGAAUGCGGGACGAGUUUUACUCUCCUGAGUAACCUUCAAACCCACCAGCGCAUACACACAGGAGAGAAGCCGUAUCAGUGCUCAGAGUGCGGAAAGAGUUUUAAUCAGAAGAUUAGUCUCCAAACACACCAGCGCAUUCACACUGGAGAGAAACCGUUUCAGUGCUCAGAGUGUGGGAUGAGUUUUAACCAACAGGGUAACCUCCAGCUACACCAGCGCAUUCACACCGGAGAGAAGCCGUACUACUGCUCGGAGUGCGGAAAAAGCUUCAGGCAUUCAAGUACUUUAAAGAGACACAAAUGCAUUAAGAGGGAGCCUGAAAUCUAUGACAUUUGUGUGUCAGUUUUAUUUGGUUAUGAAACUAUGGCAUCCCGAAGACGCUCAGGUUCUCAGCAAACAUCCUCUGGCACUCACCUGUCUCACAGACCGAAACAGAAAAAUAAAAGCAGUGAGAGAAUUCACCACUGCUCUGAGUGUGGAAGGAGUUUUAAACUACAGAGACAUCUCCAGCGACACCAGCGCAUUCACACAGGAGAGAAGCCACACCGCUGCUCAGAGUGUGGGACGAGUUUUAGAGAAAAGUGCACUCUAAAAAAACACCAACGCAUUCACACAGGAGAGAAACCAUAUCACUGCUCAGAAUGUGGAAAGAACUUUACUAGACAGUGUAAUCUACAGACACACCAGCGCAUUCACACGGGAGAGAAGCCAUACCGCUGCUCAGAGUGUGGAAAGAAGUUUAAUCGACAUGGUCAUCUCCAAAAACACCAACGGAUUCACACGGGCGAGAAACCGUAUCACUGCUCAGAGUGUGGGAGGAACUUCACUGAACAGAGCAAUCUCCAAAAACAUCAGCGAAUUCACACAGGAGAGAAGCCAUACUACUGCUCAGAGUGUGAGAAGAGCUUCAGGCAUUCAAGUACUUUACAGAGACACAAAUGCAUUAAAAAGGAGGCGGAAACUUAUGACACAUGUCAAUUUAAUAAGUAUGGUUUUUGUUCAGUUUAUUUAGGUUAAAAUGAGCUGUUAUUUGUGUUUUUUAUAUUUCUGUUUUAAUAACAUCAGCAAUUAAUGGGUCAUUCUACAGAAACGUCCACUUUUCUAGCUCUCCAUAGGAGUCACUUGUGUUACUGAUCCUCAUUGGUUUUACACAUAAUAAAGGAAACACCAGAGACAUUUUUAAUGAAAAAUGCAUUUUAUUAAACGGCUGCUACAGAACAUGAAACCACAUGCUGUCAAUAAUGGAAUAUCCACAAAAAUAUGUAAUUAAAUCCAUUUGUAUUCUAUUUUUUCACAAUUAGCUCAGAAUAAAGUCAGUCACACCAGUGACUUCAGCUGAAAGCAUUAUAUAAAAUCAUGACCUAAAUGAGAAAAUCUCUGAGAACUGAAAGACACAGUGGACUUACAUUAUGCUUCUUCUUCAUAGAUCCUCAGAAAACAGGUAAAAAGAUAUCAUCAGUGUGAUUUUUAUUUCAAAA